CGAUUUUGCGCCGUGUGUCUGGAGCUGCGAGACGGAAGAUGCCGGAUAAACAUAUAUUAAUCGAGGAAGAUGAUUUGCAAUAUGAAGAAGAAAUACUGCGCAACCCAUAUUCAGUCAAGUGCUGGAUGCGCUACCUAGAGAGCAAGCUUUCCGGCCCAUCACAUGCACUAAACCUGGUGUACGAGAGAGCGCUAAAGGAGCUGCCAGGAAGUUACAAGCUGUGGUACGCUUACCUGAAGCAGCGGCGAAAACAAGUCAAGAGGAGAUGUGUCACCGAUCCGGCCUUUGAGGAAGUGAAUAACUGCCAUGAGCGAGCCCUUGUCUUUAUGCACAAGAUGCCCAGAAUCUGGUUGGAUUAUUGCCAGUUUCUUAUGGAUCAAUGUAAAAUUACCCGUGCCAGGAGGACAUUCGAUCGAGCAUUGCGUGCUCUACCCAUCACCCAACACCACCGUAUCUGGCCCCUCUACUUGCGUUUUGUAAGAGCCCAUCCAUUGCCCGAGACCGCCGUCAGGGUCUAUAGGAGAUAUCUCAAGCUGUCGCCAGAGAAUGCAGAGGAGUACAUAGAGUACCUCCGUUCCAUCGACAGACUGGAUGAAGCAGCUUCCCGAUUGGCAGCUAUUGUAAAUCAGGAUGGUUUUGUCUCAAAGGAAGGGAAGUCCAAUUACCAGCUAUGGCAGCAGCUUUGCACACUUCUGUCCCAACAUCCCGGCUCCGUUCGAUCACUGGACGCUGCAGCCAUUAUCAGAGGGGGACUUACACGAUUUACAGACCAGAGGGGCAAGCUGUGGUGCGCCCUGGCUGAAUAUCACACUCGCAGUGGCCAUUUUGAGAAGGCGCGAGAUGUCUAUGAGGAAGCAAUUCAGACAGUUACGACAGUAAGAGACUUCACUCAAGUGUUUGACAGCUAUGCUCAGUUUGAAGAGAGUGUCAUUGCUGCAAAGAUGGAGACAGUCAGUGAUCUGGGUAAAGAGGAUGAGGAUGACUUGGAUCUUGAACUGAGACUGGCUCGUUUUGAGCAGCUGAUAGAACGCAGGCCACUCUUACUCAAUGCUGUGUUACUGCGACAGAACCCACACAAUGUUCAUGAGUGGCACAAGCGGGUUCAGCUAUAUAAAGACAAGCCUCACGAGAUAAUAAACACGUACACCGAAGCCGUUCAGACUGUGGAUCCUGCAAAGGCAACUGGGAAACCGAACAGUCUCUGGGUAUCAUUUGCUAAAUUCUAUGAGGAAAACGGUCAGAUCGAAGAUGCUCGGGCAAUCCUGCAAAGGGCAACGCUGGUACAAUACACACAUGUGGAUGACUUGGCCUCAGUGUGGUGCCAGUUUGGGGAGAUGGAACUGAGACAUGAAAACUAUGAUGCGGCGCUUAAGAUACUACGGAAAGCCACCGCUGUGCCGGCAAGGAAGGCUGAAUAUUUUGAUUCCUCAGAGCCAGUCCAGAACCGACUGUACAAGUCCCUGCGAGUCUGGUCCAUGUUGGCAGACUUAGAGGAGAGCCUGGGCACUUUUAAGUCCACAAAAGCCGUGUACGACCGGAUAAUUGACCUGCAUAUCGCAACUCCGCAAAUUGUCAUCAAUUACGCCAUGUUCCUGGAGGAGCACAACUACUUUGAGGAGAGCUUUAAGGCCUAUGAACGUGGUAUCGCCUUGUUCCGGUGGCCCAAUGUCUAUGACAUAUGGAGUACUUACCUGUCCAAGUUCAUUGCUCGUUAUGGAGGGAAAAAGCUGGAGCGAGCUCGAGAUCUGUUUGAGCAAUCCCUGGACGGCUGCCCACGCAAGUUUGCCAAAAAUAUAUUCCUUCUCUAUGCCAAACUGGAAGAAGAGCACGGAUUAGCUCGCCAUGCCAUGGCCUUAUACGAGCGAGCCACGCAGGCUGUGGAGACAGGGGAACAAUACGAGAUGUUCAAUAUUUACAUCAAGAGAGCUGCAGAAAUCUACGGGGUCACCCACACGCGCACUAUCUACGAGCGCGCCAUUGAGCUGCUGCCAGAUGAACAGUCCCGGGAGAUGUGUUUGAGAUUUGCCGACAUGGAGUGCAAACUGGGAGAGAUUGACAGAGCCAGAGCCAUCUAUUCUUACUGCUCCCAGAUCUGUGAUCCACGGCUCACAGCUGGGUUCUGGCAGACAUGGAGGGACUUUGAAGUGCGACACGGGAAUGAAGACACGCUGCGGGAGAUGCUGCGAGUGAAAAGAAGCGUGCAGGCCAAGUACAACACUCAGGGCACAUUCCUUGUGUCCCAGAAACUGCGAGCAGAAGGAGGAGCCAGUGAAGGGACUAAGGAGCCGGCAGAUGAAAUGCAGGCGCUGGAGCAGAGAGCAGCAGUCGUUGCAGCCGAAGCCGAGAAAGAUAAGCCUCAAAUGAAGGAGAAGAUCCUUUUUGUCAGAUCAGACGCCUCCCGUUCAGAACUGGCAGAGCUAACGCGUCAGUCCAAUCCAGACGAGAUUAACAUUGGAGAGGACGACGAGUCGGAGGACGAGCUUGAACCAGACGAAGUCCAGCUUGAGCAGAAAUCUGUCCCAGCUUCCGUUUUCUCUGGAAUUAAUGAUGAUUGAUCCCCUCCCUCCCCACUGCCCGGCACAAAUUGCAAAUAAAAACAGACAAACUUUUUGUUUUCCA